AUGAAGAGUUUAGAUUCAGGAGGCUGCUUUAGUAAUAUAGGUUCUGCUUUUCUUAUAUUUACAAAUACAGUUUUUGACUCUUGCUAUAGUGGUAUGUUUGGUGGUGCUUUAUAUAGUAGUACCUUAAAAGUAACAGAUCAGCUUAUCAUUAAAAAUUCUAAAAGUAAAAUAGGUGGAGGAGCAUUUCUAGGCUCUGAAUCUUGCGGCGCCGCUAUAAAUAAUUUAGAAAAAAUUAACUUUUUUAAUGAUAGCAAUACAGCUACUAUUUCUUCUCAACAAUAUUAUAAAUGCACUAAUUAGCCUGAUUAUAAUAAAAUCACUUAAUGCAAUCUAUUUGAAUUAGAUUCUAUAUUUUAAUUAAAUACUGAAUUAGUAAAUACCUAAUAUUAUUUAGUCUAGUCUGAAGUAAAAAUAAAAGAUAUGGGAUCAAAUCCUCAUAUUGUUUAUUAUAGUACAUUAUUUUAAAAUAUGAUAUAUGUAUUAAGAUUAAGAGUAGAAUAUGAAUGUCCAGAGAAAUAACUUCCAUAAAUAUGUAGUAUUAGGGAAUUUAAUGAAGACCAAUCAAUAGGAAAUCUCUAUAAAUUUAUUGAUGAUGAUGAAAAAUAAUAUUUUUAUAAUUUUGAAAUACCUAACGCAAAUUAUCCUUAUCUUUUGACUAGCUAUUCUUAAUAUUUUGAUUGUAAACUAAAAAGUUAUGCUUUUAUUUUUAAAUUGCGUCCUUUAAUGGAAAUGGGUCGUUCUGUUUGUACACUUAAUACAAGAUAUGGCUGUUAUAAUCCAACAAAUUUGUGUAUAUAAGGAAUGUAAUAAAUUUUUAAUUUACAGCAAUAGUAAAUGUAAUGCAAAUACUGUGAUAUUGGAACUUAUAAUGACGAAUCAACAGAUCGAUGUGAAGUAUGCAACACAGAAAAGUUUGAUAAAUGUUAUGCAAAUGAUUCUUACUUAAAAUAAAAUUUUUGGAGACCUUAUAAUUCAAAUUAUAACGACAUUUAUUUUUGUUAGUUAAAUUAGAAAAGUUGUUAGGGUAGUAAUAGGUCUGGAUAUGGAAACGAUUUAUGUUCUGAAGGUUAUAUUGGAGCUUAAUGCUUAACGUGUGAUAUUAAUAGCGAAUUUUGGAAUGGAUAAUAUGGAUAGUAAGGCUACUUUUAAUGUGUUAAGUGCAGUUCUCUCAACAAUAAUGAUACAUUUAUUUACUUAUCAUUAGCAACAAUUCUUUUCGUAUUUUUCUUCACGAUAAUAAGUAGCUUUAGAAGGAUGAGAAAGUAAGUCUACAGAAGAUACCUUUCUUUCUAUAUGAAAAAGAUAUACAUAGGAUCCAGUUUUAUUAGAUAGAGUUAGGCUUCUGUCUAUACUAAAAUUCUCAUGUUUAAUUUUUAGAUGUAUCUCUUGACUUACUAUUUUGUUGAUUUCGAAAAAUAUGAUUCUUCUAUUCAUAGUAAUAUUUACAACUUAUUUAAUCCGUUAUAAAACUCAGGUGGAAUUUCAUAGGAUUGUUUUCUCAAAUAAUACUUUCCAACUAGUGAAAAUUUAGGAUUUAUCAAAUUAUUGAUUUCAAUAAUUUCUCCUCUAAUUUUAAAUAUUUUCUUUUGGUUGAUACUAUCACUUUAUAGCCAAAAAAAAAAAAAAUUUUACAAUUUUUUAAUGAUAAACAGUUUUACUUACAGCAUUAUUUUUAUCUUUUAAUCACCAAUAAUUUAGUACUCUGUUGAAUCCUUAACAUGCAUUAAGUUAUCUUCAAAUGAGGAAUAUUUAAUGAUCAACACAAGAAUUAACUGUAAAGAUAAUUAUUGGAUAAGUAAAAUGACGUAUUUGAGUAUUGGAGCUCUAAUUUUUUACAUUUUAUUCAUUCCAAUUUACAUUUUUAGAUACAUAUUUGUUAAUAGAAAAAAGCUUGAAAACAGUAAGAUGCUGAUUGCAUUUGGUUUCAUAUACGAUGAAUAUAAAAGACAAUACUAUUAUUGGUAAUUUAUAAAAUUGCUGCUCACAACAUUAUUAUCUGUAUUAGUUUCAUUUGGUAAAACUCAUAUAAUCUUAUGUUGCUAAAUAUAUUGCGCAAUCCUGUGCAUAUACUCUGUUUUUUUAAUAUUCUGCAAGCCAUUCUAAUAAAUUUCUAUGAAUAAAAGGCUUUUAAGACUAUUUCCAAGAGCUAAACUUAAAGUGUAUUCUAAAGACCUUGAAAUUAAUUUAUAGAGAUUUAGAUAAGUAGUUAGAGGUAUAAUUAUGGAUUAAAGUACAAAUCUUAUUGCUGACGAAAUAUAAACUUUUUUAGUUUAAGAAAAUGAAAUAAACUUAUAAUGA